GUCAUUUCUCACCGCCUGCCACACCCGCCCUCACUGAUUACCUCCACUUAACUAUUGGAGACUCUGAGGUGUUCUCUGAGGAUUUGAUUGAUAAAGAUUAAGCCAACCAGGAGGUGGCACGGGCAUGAAUAGCCCGUAAUCUGAGGCUUUAGUCAUUAUGGUCAUAUGAGGGAUGCGGUGCGACAUCCGUAUGUGUACAUCAUUCGUGACGGGCGCCCUGGCUGCCACCACCGUCACCCUCAUCCUCGUGCGUGUAUUCCCUGGAACAUACGUGGUGCUGCCGUGCGAGCCGACCGUCGCCAGCAGGCCGGGGGUGGUCGUCGACGAGUACCAGGACCGCCUCGACCCGGCGUCGCGGCAGUACCAGGACCGCCUCGACCCGGCGUCGCGGCAGUACCAGGACCGCCUCGACCCGGCGUCGCGGCAGUACCAAGACGUCCCGGCUCUUCAUUUUGAACUGAGCUCUCCUAGACACCGGGAGCCUGGUCCCCAGCACUAUUAUCCCAGGACCAAACCCAGCGAGCUAGGGAAGAGCCACGACGCGGGGCCCUGGCAAAUGGAGGUUGGGCCUGUCGACCUGUCGCACUCUGAGAGGAAAAGCAGGUUUUCCACUCUGCCGGACGGUCUUCAGCAGCAGCUACAGCAGCUGCUGCUGAGAGAACAGGAGAGAAGGGGCACACCUGGCACUAAGCAACUUAAUCCUCAACAACACCAGAACAUGCAUCAGCAACACAACAUUCAGCAACAACAGAAGAUAAUUGCAGAAUUUACAAAGAACUGGCAACCACAGGAGAAAACAAUACAAGACCUCAACCAUCCGAAGAAAAUUCAACAGCAAAUACAUCAACAACAACAAUUACAAAUUCUACAAGUGCAGAAAUAGCAAUGUGAAGUCUGUGAGUUACAAAUACAAUGAUAUUACAUGCAAAUAUGAUUGAAAAUAUAAGAGCUCCAACAAGCAUCACCUAGAAGCACUACAACACAUGCUUCUGAAGAAACAAAGACACGAAACAUAAGAGCAUCAACACCUGCGUCAUCACAUCAACACACGUGUCACUAAGAAGCACAAGAACAUCAACACCUGCGAACUAACACCCACGGCAACACGUAACAAGAACAACAGCACUGAAAAACAAAGUAACACACACACACACACACACACACACACACACACACACACACACACAUUUGUACACACACACACACAC